CAACAUUUUUAACCAAUGCUGCCAAAUUCAAGACAAUAUUCUAUCGAAACUAACAAUACUAAAAUAUGCCUGUUAGGCCUUGUGGUCAGCGACAACAGCACGAUCGGCGACUCCAUCAUCGAGGAUGUAUCAGAGGUUUCAGAAGCUAACAGCAACCUCGACGCAGACUCAGGAGACCAGAGCGUCGUGUGGGGCGAAUGGUCACCUUGGUCCAAAUGGUCCAGCUGUACAAGGAGCUGCGGCGGUGGGAUUUCACGACAGCAGAAGCGCUGUAGGAGGAAACCGUGCAAAGGCAGGUCGUGGAGCACGAAAUACAAGAUCUGCAACCCUGAGCCCUGCGAGAACCCGAACGAUUUCCGGGCGGAGCAAUGUGCCGUGUUUGACGACGUGCCAUAUAGUGGACAACUGCUGAAAUGGUAUCCACAUUACGACCCAAGCAGACCGUGUGCUUUGAUCUGCCGUGGCGAACAAUCGCUGGAGAACACUGGCAGCCGGCUAAGACAGGAAAUGUCCGUCGAAAAGACUCUGCCGCGUGAUGCCACCGACGCCUUGCAGCUCGAUAGCGAAGAAACAAUCGUGGUCCAGCUGGCGGACAAGGUAGAGGAUGGCACCAAGUGCUACGCUGACAGUAUGGAUGUUUGCAUCAGCGGUGAAUGCAUGAAAGUCGGCUGCGACCUGCGAGUCGGCAGCAACAAGAACACGGACCCGUGCGGCGUGUGCGGCGGAAACGGGUCGAGCUGCCAAUCGCGAUACUCGUGGAGUUUGGAAUCGAUAUCCGCCUGCUCGAAAUCAUGCGGCGGAGGUUUCAAGAUCGCAAUGGCGGUGUGCAAGACGAUCGGUCCGGACGAAAACGUGGUAGACGACAGCUAUUGCGAUCCGGACAACAAGCCAGAGAAGACCCUGAUGCCGUGCAACACGCACCCCUGCACUGCAAAAUGGGUAGCCGGCGAAUGGAGCGUGUGCAGCGCUAGUUGCGGAGGUGGAUCGAGGACCAGAACCAUUUUCUGUACCGAGGAAAACGGCAAUGAGACUACGAAGCUGCCUGACCACAAGUGUAGCAGCACGCACAAGCCCCGCAACCAAGAAACUUGCAAUACCAUCUCUUGUCCCAUGUGGGAGACCAAUAAAUGGAGCGAGUGUUCGACGACAUGCGGUACCGGAGUCAGGACGAGGACAAUCGAGUGCAGAGAUGCCGUUGGUUCGAUCUCAAAGGACUGCGACCCUACCGAGCGACCGCACACUGAGCAAGAGUGUAAAACAAAUAUCCCCUGCCCGAUAUAUGGCGAGGAAAUGACGCAGCCACUGAUGCAACCGUACCCACCUCCGCCAGUGUCAGAAAAAUUGAUCGAUCAACCGAUACCCUCAGAAUCAACAUUCAUCGCGAAAGAAUGGUCACCGUGUUCCGUCACGUGUGGCGAAGGAGUCAGACAUCGAGAGGUCCGUUGCAAGAUAUACCUCGAGUUCAGUCGAACGGUGGCCGAUCUUCCGGAUCGGCAGUGUUCAGGACCGAAGCCGCUCGAGAAGGAGAAAUGCAUAAUGGGACCAUGUAACCUGAUCGAAAACAGCUUAACCUAUGGCAUCGAUACUGUCGGUGAUAGCGGAUAUGCCGAGCCAAGUCUAACUGACACCUAUAGAUCAUCCGCAGGAAGUUCCAGCGGAAGUGGCUACGACGCUGGGAUCAAGGUCGCUCCAGGAAGCGACGUGCAGACUACUUACUCGUGGAAGGAAGCUGGUUACACUCCUUGCAGCGCCACUUGUCUCGGAGGUUCUCAAGAACUGAUAGUAAAUUGCGUGCGAGACGACACUGGGAGGACCGUCAUGCCAUUUCUCUGCACCGCCGACACCAAGCCGGAAGUUAGGAUAAGGGUUUGCAACGAUCAUCCUUGUCCUCCCAGAUGGAAUUUCAGCGAAUUUUCACCGUGCAUGAGCCCGUGCGGGAUCGGUAUACAAACACGUGACGUCACAUGUAUACACGAGGUGAUACGCGGCACAGGUAAGAUGGUCCCUGUGCCAAGCCACAUGUGCCCGCAGCCACCACCAGCGGAUAGACAAUACUGUAACGUAUGGGAUUGCCCAGUUAAAUGGAGUACAGGCAAAUGGAGCAAGUGCUCGAAAACCUGUGGAGGAGGUGUAAAGAAACGCAAAGUGACCUGCGAGCAAAUAAUGGCCCAGGGGCGUAAACAGAGUCGAGAGGACCGUGAAUGCCCAUCUCAAAAACCAUCCACGGAGAAGCCUUGCAACACUAGAGCUUGUCAUGAUAUGGAUGCAGGCUCCCUGCCUAUAAUUACCAGUCAAAAUACGACAUACAAUCAAACGGACUUGAACGCGAAGGUAGAUUUGAAAAUCGGCGGUGUCGCGAAGGUUUUCCAAGGCACAUCUUCCAUCAAGAUCCGUUGCCCGGUUAGAAAAUUUGAUAAAGCACAGAUCGCAUGGACCAAAGAUAAUAAAGAGCUGAGAAAAUCGAGGAAAUACAAGAUUAGUAGGAAGGGCGCAUUGAAAAUUAAUGAUAUAACAUCCUCUGACGCUGGCGUUUAUGCUUGUAUAGCGGGAAAUUCUCACGCGGAAACGCGCCUGAUUGUAAAAUUUCGUUCGAAAGAACAGAUCAGCAGCGAAGAGUAUUUACGAUUGAGCAAUUCCGUCCAUCGACAACGAAACGCUAAUUUGGACUCGGCGCCAGCUAAUUCAGGAGAAAGUCUCUACACUGAUCGAGCAGCUGCGUAUGGAAACCGAUUUGUUCCCAUCGACAGUGAAGAUCUAAGUCAUGAACGAGCGGUGCCUAGCAAACCGACAAGAAAGCCACAUCAAAAAAAACAAAAAACUAGUCCAACACCACCAGACUCCACGAUGAUACACAAGGAACACACUGUAACUUCGUUGAACCAGCCAGGAUACCACGAAUCCGUGGAAUCGACUGCACCCUCCAGUUCAAGUGCCUCUACUCUCGUGCCGCACUUAACUUACUUUAUAUCGACAUUAAAGGAAUAUUGGCCGUUUCAAAGCGGGAGCUCUGUGGGAAGAGCUCACAGAACAGCUCCAGUAACGUUCAUCGAUGACGUAAGAAAAGAAGUAGUUGCAACAAAGCGUACCAUGCCUGAGAGGAAUCCUGGUUUGAGAUACCAAGACGUGGAAGACAACUUGGACACCCUAUACCGUAAUACCGCUAUCCCAGACGAGACUUUUGGGCCAGAUGAAGAAAGGAUAUUCAUCGACGUUGAUCCAUAUGAUUUAGACGAGUCUAUGUUUGGAUUGCAGCACAGCGAUCCAGUGAAAAUCACUCCUGUUGUGAGCAAAGAUGACUCGCAACAGUCGUCAGUUGUCACAUCUACGAAGUCUGGUAUAGAUUAUAUCGAAGAAUCUCUAAAGAACGUCAAAAGACAAUGGCACGAUACAUCCGAAGUUAAGAAUCAUUUGAGUUCUACGCCUAAAAAUCAAAAUAAAGAAUCUGUAAACUUGGUGACUCGCUCGGACAACAUUGGUUUGGAGGUAUACUAUAUUCCAGACUCAAAGCACAGCACACAUAAGUUCGAGGAAUCUCAUGAUAAAGAGACCGAUCGAAAAUAUGAUGACAGUUCCGAAGAUGAAAGUUUUUCUCCUACGAUGUCGCUUAAAGAAACAGGCUUAGUUUCGAAAAAGUCAGACACCGACGACGAAAAGACAGAAAUUUUGAAUAAGACAACAGAUUACAGGGACAUUUUUGAGGAAGAGAUGAAGAAACGGAAAGUCUACGUUGAGAAUGACACGGUUAAUGAUGGCAUUCAAGCAGCAACAACGAGAGAUCUGGAAGAUGAUUUGAUUGAGCUGGCAUUAACGGAAGAUCGGGGAUCUGAGGAAAUGGAAAAGAAUAUCAAAAACUUGUCACGGAAUCGAGAAGAUCGUAACAAUUCGUCGGAGGAUACGACGGAUUUUCAAGAACAUUCGACCAGUAAAGAAAUACAGAAAACGAACAAAUCUUUGGAUAUUGCAACUAGCACCUUUGCUGGACCAAAUACCACCGUCGAUUCUACGAUCACGUCUCUUGGUAUUUUAGAUACUACAGAGGAUCUGGUUUUCGAAUGGGUAACGACAGAUUGGUCAAAGUGCUCCCAAACCUGCGGAGGAAGUGGAUUUCAGAUGCGAGGAGCCCAGUGUACAGUUCGGGCAGCGAAACCGAUUGGGAACACAACUCGUACACCACCUCGAACAGUCAUAGGGGCGACAUUAUGCGAAGACGCUGGACAUCCGGUGCCUCAAAAAGUCAGACCAUGCGGGUUUGGUAAAUGCCCGCAAUGGCACAUGACCGAGUGGACUCCGUGUGAAACAUCUAGGUGCUUCAAUUGGAAAACUGCGAUGCAGAGACGCGAUGUCACUUGUCGUUUGGUCGACGAUAUGGAAAAUGGACAACAAAAUAUCACAUUACUUGAUCCUAACAAAUGUGACGAUACUACCAGACCUCUUCAGAGACAAGAGUGUUAUAAUGACGCCUGCAAAGGUGUCUGGAGAGUUGGAGAGUGGUCUGAGUGUACAGCGUCAUGCGAAGAAGAUGGUAUCAAGUACAGAAUCUUACAGUGUGUUUGGUAUGGCACAAAGAAACCAGCCGGUAACGCAUGCAGAGACAUUCCACGGCCUCCUGUCAUGAAAACCUGUAGAGGUCCACCAUGUCCUCAAACACCUGAUGACUGCAAAGACCAUUCACAACUAUGUAGCAGAGUGAAGACAAUGAAUAUGUGCAGGGUGCCCCUUUAUCAGAAGCAGUGCUGUCAAUCAUGUCGCUAGACUCAAAUAAUCGAUAGCAAUUGUUGAUAUGAAAUGAAAUACUCUAGGUAAAAAUUGAUGUAAUGAGAGGUGCGCGCGAGGAGAAUGUCAGUCGUGGCAACAAAUCGAAGAUUAAUCUUCGCAAACGUUUGUCAAAACGCUCCCUGAAACGAAACGCUUGUCUGCUGUAAGAAUGUAAGAAUAAAAGAUUACAUUUGAAUCUACGAACAUAGGACAGACAGCUGCAAAAUAUGUAAGACAUAUUGAAGAAACGGUAUCGACCAAAUUUACUUCCGCUGAUAAAUGUUCCCCAUCCUUUCUCCGUGCUCUAGGGCAAAUCGUGUUCGCGUCUGAACACCAGAUUCUUGUUGCGCCCACUAAGAAUCUAAUUCCUAAUUGUGUGCUAAUUAAAGCUAUAAUUUUCGGACGUGUAUCACGUGUAGUUUGGCACGACUCCUAAUUGCGCACGCUCAUACCCCUAGGAAGAACGGAGGAAUCUCGGCAUUCGUCCAAAAAGUUAAGAAAUUAUAUUGUUAAAGUUCAAUAAAAGCGGAGUAGUAGGGAAGAUAAUAGUAUCCUGAAAAGAGCUACCGCGACGUGACGUAUCGUUGUCGUGAAACGGUACGUCGUCAAAAAAUUCGUCUAACAUUGAUGUUACGAAAGACGAGCUUUAUAAAGCUGUUCAAAUUUUAGAUGGAAAUGUUACAUAUGGGUGGGGAGGGGUGAACGGAAAUAGUAAUCUCGAUUGCACUGUAAAGGGUAGCACAAAAAGAUUAAUUCUUCGAGGCUUUAUUUUUUUACAUGUACUCGUAUUUCUUCGAUAACGCACGAACGAUCUCUGUCUCGGUUCACGUUUCGAAAACGCGCGCGGUUCUCGUCAUCAUCAUUUUUAUCGAAGACUGAGAAAAUGCUACAUAUUUCUUCUAUAUUAAUUUCGUAAAGUUCACCAUUCUCAUCGGACGUUAGCGAGAAUCGAGGAAUUCAUUUCCACCCAUUUCUUACACCCCAAAGAGUCUUCACAAACAUUCCGCUGUACCCUUCCGAAUAGAGGUGUGUUACACGCGUUUUGUUAAUGUUUUAACACAGGAGUAUAUUUAUUACAACGUUACUUCUAGGUUCGACGAUACACCAUAUAUAAAUUAUUAAAUGGGAGAUGUUAAGUUAACGAAUGAUGAAGUAUAAAAGUUACUAACGACAUAAGUUAUAAAUGAAUUAUUAUGCGCCUAUAAGCGCCUCGCGAGGCGUACAUAAGCCAAUAGAUUCUAAGCAAUAAAAUAUAUAGGUACUGUAAUAUACUAUUUUGUUAAUAACCUCUGGCGAAAAUUCGUUAACAUGACGUUCCACUGUUAAAUCCAAACGGCUCAAAAGAAACUUACAUUUAUGUCUCCGGUCGCACGAUUGUAAAGACGGUCGUAUUUACCUGUGUAAUUAGAUCACGAUAAUCUGGUUUUUGCAAUUUCUUUAAUUCUUUCUUAUUCGACACGUAUAAAUUCUUAACGAGGAUAUGACUCAAUUCGUUCACUCAUAUCAAACAAUUCGAUACUAUCCCUUUUCUAAAAUAAUUUUGUGUUUACUUUAACUUUGAUUCCUACGAUAUUGUGAACAGAUUUUCGCUAUCAACGAAUUUGCCUCAACACAGCUAGACAGUUUGCCAAAACGAACUGAUGUUAAUGAAAUGAGAUAUAAAUAAAUUAGUAUAUUAUUGAAAUCGAGAUAAAAAAUAUAACAUGUGCGCGCGCGUGUGUGUG